GUCAGAGAAUAUUUGAGCCCGAAACAGUAACCAUUGUAUCUGAGUGGAACCUCGUGUGCAGCAACAGGUGGGUCAGUAACACCAUCAUUUCCAUACAAAUGGUAGGUGUUCUUUUCGGCAGCAUAAUUGCAGGCUACUGCUCAGACAGAUACGGACGGAAGAAAGUUGUCUACGGCGGACUGCUAUUGAGCACCAUCAGCAACCUCAUAGCUUCAUUCUCUGUGUCAUGGAUCAUGUUUGCUGUGAUCCGAGUCAUCAUCGGACUGGCAGUAGGAUUAACAUUGUCCUGUUGCUUCUUGUACCGACUGGAAUUCGUGGGAAAGAAAUGGCGAGGGGCGUGUACUACGAUUCCAUCCUGGUCCCUUGGUGUGGUGCUAUUUGCUGUUUUAAGUUGGUCCAUCCGGAACUGGAAAUGGCUGCAUCUAACUAUCGUUGCAAUCAACAUUCCCUUGCUGCUGACUUGGUUUGUGGUGCCAGAGUCGCUCCGUUGGUUAGUUGCAAAAGGACAUCUUAAGGAGGCGAGGCGCAUCAUCAACAGGAUUGCCAAGUUCAACAAGAAGCCUGUUCCAGACAUGUCCAUCUUGGAGCUGAUCGCCGAGGAGGAAAGGGCGGAGAGGAACACAGCUAAAUCCUACUCCUAUAUAGAUCUGGUCAGAACCAGGACACUGAGGCCGAAAACUCUGAUAACAAGCUUUCUUUGGCUUUCAUUGUCCAUUGUGUACUAUGCCAUAACAUUUGGUAUAAAGAACCUGUCAGGCGACUUCUAUCUCAACCUGAUGAUCAUGGCACUACUGGAGGUUCCGAUGUCUUUCGUGGAACUUUUCAUGGUGUCAGUGUUCAGUCGGCGUUGGGCGUGCGCCAUACUGCUCUUGUUCUCAGCUGUUGCCUGUUUUGGUGUCGCCAUAGUAACAAAGCUGGCUCCUGCAGACAUCAAAGUGCCGUUAGAAAAUGGAUUUGCAAUCUCCGCCAAAUUAUCCAACAUCAGCGCAUGGCUAUUGAUCGGGGUGUUGUCCAGUGAACAGCUCCCUACCGUGGUCAGGAACUUGGCAUAUGCUGCUCAAAACACAGCUGCAAGAAUUGGAGGGAUCGUGGCAGCUCAGAUAUUCUCUUUGGGUUCCAAGGACGAUCUGAUGCCACCUUUCCUCGCCAUGGGAAUCUUGAUGUCUUUUACGGCAUUAUCAUGCUUUGGUCUUGAAGAGACGAGCAAAAAGGCAUUAGAGGACACAAUGAAGAAAUAUACAAGAGAGGGCGUGAAUGAAGAGGUUGAGGGAAGUCUUCCUCUGAACGAUAUUACUCUGACAAUGAAUGGCAGGGGUGGGGCGAAGGGAGACAUCGCAGAAAUGGACGAAUAUUGUACCUAUGCAAAAUCAUGUGGUGGUGGUACUGACGAAGGAGGAAGUAUUUCCCAGUCAAAGGUGAAGACAGUUGAGGGAUUGGUUGAUAACAGUAAACCAGAGAAGAAUGAAGGGGAGGAACAAAGGAGCAGUAACACGUUCCUCUAGGUCCGGCGUGUGUACAGUACAAGCGACAUUGGUGGUGACAGAUACAUAAUAAUGUCAUAUGACGAUCAUAACGAUCAAUGGUCAAAUAUUAAAGACUUGAUUGUAAUCAUUGUCAACAGCAGGCGUUGUCAGUCAGUAAAUUAACAUGUGUUGUGAUCUUUUCAAGUAACUUGCUGGUAUGCAUAUUAAAAAAAUUGUCAGAUUGUUUGCAAGUUUCUCUUUUGUUGACUUUAUCAAUAGUGCAUACUUUGUCUUACUUGUACUGGAUACCAGCCAGGUACAUUCAAGUCAGAACACCAUAGCAGGGUCCUGGAAGAUUACAAACAAAUACCUACGCUAUAUUUGUGAAUAGAUAGGUGAGUGAUGCUGAAUCAGCAACAGUGUAGCUAUCAGUUUUCUAUGGAAUUGAUUAUAGAAUAAAAGUGCUGACAAAGAUCACUUAAACAAUAAACUCUAAGCUUUAUCACAGAGUUAAUUUCUUUCCAAUGUACUUAAACGAAGUAGUGAGAAACGGCAUUGAAAUUUCAGAAAUGGUUUGAACAGUAACGAACAAUGAAAUAAAUGUGCAUAUCCACACAGUACUGAGAGGUGGUUGCCUGUCAAAGGGCUAUGACAAAAGGCAUCCGUUUCGGGGAUCUUCUGUCUUCAAUACAUAAAACUGGUAUAAUGAAAGUGUCCAGUGCAACACGUCACCUUCUUAUCAUAACUUCGUAAUUCGCCCUCACGACUCGAUUAGUAAAGGCAUAAUACCCAAUCAAGAUAAUUAGAUACAUUUUCUACUUCGAAUUUCUAACCUAUCGCCAAACAGCAGGUUUCAAGCGCGCUCGAUACUGACAUCUCAAGAGUAGCUUUAUCUGCAGAAUAUACCUUAGAAGUUUCCCACCCGAAAGCCAGCAAAAGAGGAUUUCCAAACGUACAAAUUUAAAUAGCAUUUCAAAAUGUCAGCUAUAUAUGGAUGGUCAAUUUUACGGUUCCUAAUUGCCUGAAGGCGUGUCAAAUAAAUAAUGAAUCUGGAAGGGCAACCAGUUAACUGUAAUGACAAAGUAUGAUACGGAGUGACAGCUGCUGCUGACACUGUAUAUCCUUUCUUCUAUUAAAUAUUAGUAAAUGUUUGUAUGAUCAUGGCUUGUUGAUAUGACAGGUAGUUCGUGCCAGGCAGUUUCAAGUUGGUAAAAAUCGAGAAAUCAAGUUGCAUUGACCAUGGCAAUUCAGGCAGUUUGAAACCAGCAAUUACAGAAAUAGUUCCCUUUCAUACAGUGUCUGAUAAGGAGGAUUAACACAGCGUUAAAGGAAAGAAUGGAUGAGACGGAUAUGGAUUUUAGCAACACAAUGCAGUGCCAGUUUUAUCCUUCUGAUAUGUAGACAAGGCUCAUUAGCUUAAACACGUAUGCCUUGUAAAUGAUGUUAAGCUCUUGAAUGUAUGCCAUUUUGUAGCAUUUAAAACUACCUUGGGUAUAUCAGGACAACAUUUUAAGCAUUUAACAGUUUCAUAUAAGGAAGCGUUUGUCAAAGCUUCUUAUUACAAUUUGGUCUCUUUGACCGUUCUGAUUGGAGUUUUGCAAACUGUGACAACUGUAGCAGGCACUUCAGUUGUCAUUAAAGGUCUGUUCCAAGCAAACUAUUGAUCUUGACGAACAUGUUGUUUUAUAUAAUGAUUGAUAUCGUGUUGUGAAUAAUGCACUUCAGGAUUGAAAUAGUACUCUCACGUAACUGAACAUACAAAGAAUAUUAUUUGUCAAAAUUUAAGACCAAUUUGCCUCACUGUAUUUUGUUCAAUUGAGAACAAAACUGAGGCAAUUUGCAAAUGUGUGUGUACCCAAGGAACGUAAUAAAGAACAUGAUCCAGCA